AUGGCUAAAGUCAUGAUCGUCAUGCUGGCGGUUUGUCUUCUUGCCCAAAUAGACGGGAAACCCAUUAAGAAGAGAGCUGUCAGUGAAAUACAGCUGAUGCACAACCUAGGCAAGCACCUGGCCUCUGUGGAGAGGAUGCAAUGGCUGAGAAAGAAGCUGCAAGAUGUGCACAAUUUUGUCAGCCUUGGCGUUCAAAUGACUGCCAGAGACGGCGGUUUCCAGAGGCUCGCUAAGAAAGAGCAAAACGUCCUUGUUGAUGGCAACCCAAAAAGUCUUGGAGACGGAGACAAAGCUGAUGUGGAUGUAUUAGUUAAGGCUAAGCCUCAGUAA